AUGCCGUGCGAGCUCACCGUCGAGGCUCGGAAGGCCCUCCAAGAGGAGGUGACCGCUCUGGGCAACGAGAUUCGCGGUCUCAAAGAGCAGAAGGCGAACCCUGACCUGGUGAAGGAGCGUGUGGCCAAAAUGUUAGCCCUCAAGAAGCAACUAGGAGACGAAGGAAAGCCGGGCAAAUUUGUGCUGAAGUGCCCUAAAGGAACCCGGGACUAUGGUCCGAAAGAGAUGGCCGUUCGUGAGGCUGUUUUCUCGACCAUCAUAGAUGCUUUUAAGCGUCACGGUGCGGAAACAAUCGAUACCCCGGUUUUUGAACUCCGAGAAGUGCUGAACUCAAAGUACGGAGAAGACGGCGGGAAACUGAUUUACGACCUGGAAGACCAGGGCGGCGAGCUGCUGAGCAUGCGUUAUGACCUGACGGUGCCUUUUGCCCGGUAUUUGGCGAUGAACAAAAUCCGGAAUAUUAAACGAUACCACAUCGCCAAGGUCUAUAGAAGGGAUCAGCCGGUGAUGACGCGCGGAAGAUAUCGUGAAUUUUAUCAGUGUGACUUUGAUAUCGCCGGCGAAUAUGAGAAGAUGCUGCCCGAGGCGGAAUGCCUGAAAGUCGUUGAUGAGGUUCUGGCAAAAUUGGACGUCGGAAAUUUCCGAAUCAAGGUAAACCACCGCCUACUUCUCGAUGCGAUGAUUGGGGCUAGCGCCGAGAUGUCGAUGUCAAAGAGCUCAUACAACUACAAUCGCAAAGGAUGGGAAGAUUCAGAGUUUCCGAUCCUCUGCGAGACAUGCUUGGGCCCGAAUCCAUAUCUACGGAUGCAAAAAGACACGUAUGGCAAGGAAUGUACGAUUUGCGAGCGCCCCUUCACAAAUUUCCGCUGGCAACCAGGAAAGGGCGCCCGAUUCAAGAUGACCGAAAUCUGCCAGACGUGUGCAAAGAUCAAGAACUGUUGCCAGACGUGCAUGUUCGAUCUGGAAUUUGGCCUCCCUAUACAAGUCCGUGAUCAUGCUCUCAAAAUCACCGAUGACCUGCCGCGCCAGGGUGCCAAUCGGGAUUUCUUUGUCCAAAAUCAAGAACGUGCCUUGGCGUCUACAGAUGGCACGACACCUGGCGGAGCUCUUGCUACGAUCGGAGCUGAUCAUCCUGGAACCGAAAUGCUCAAACGUCUCCAGCGCACUGGGCCCUACUACAAGCGCAAUGCCCCACACAUUUGCUCUUUCUUCGUGAAAGGAGAAUGUAAGCGUGGAGAGGAAUGUCCUUAUCGCCACGAGAAACCGACGGAUCCCGAUGAUCCACUCAGCCAGCAAAACAUGCGGGAUCGCUACUACGGCAACAACGACCCAGUCGCCGAAAAGAUCCUGAAUCGUGCAACAGGCGGCAACGACUAUCGCGUCAACCCGGUGCCAAAUCUUCCGACCGCCUUGCCGAUUCCGGAUGAAUUGAUCCCGAAUAAGCGUGGGCAUGCUGCUGCACAAGGCGCGGGCCCAUCAACUGGUCCACCGCUGAAAGUGCCACGGGUUGUCCCGACGCUCAGCAGCUACGAUGCCUCUGGGCCCGCCGGAAGCUCCUCCAUCUACUACCCCAGCCAGGAUCCGCAGCGUCUCGGAGCCAAGGGCGACGUCGUGGAA